AUGUGGGGCGACUCCGAGAAACCGGAUCCGCUGCUGCUUGGAACGCAUAUCGGCGACGGCCGUCACCAUCCGCACCACCAUGCCCACCACGCGCACUUCGGGCUCGCCGGCAAACCCUUCUACCACAUGGACAGGUUCGCGGUGACGGCCACUUCCUCGUCGACGACGACGACCACGACCAACUCGACGUCUUCGCACCAUCAUCUUGCGAGUCAUCACCACGGGAUCACUGCCGGAACUUCCUCAAUGGGUCAGAUUAACGGAGCGGCAAGCGGAGGAGCCGGAUCUUCGCGGACGAGGACACCGCAGCCAAUUGUGAUGUGGAAGGGCGAGACGAGCAGGAAGAAACGAUUCGGUCAGUUCACUCCUUUGUUUUUAUUCCAUUCCGUUCCGUUUUUAAGUUUUAUCCGGAAAGCACAGCGCAUUAAAUAAUCAAGAAUCAUGGGUUGAUUGA